AUUCAUAUUUUUUUUAAGUUUGUAAUUUUUUAGGAAACAAAUUUUUUUCUCUAAAAUAUUUAUUUUAACGGAAUUGAAGGAAUGAUAAAUUUUAUUUUAACCGCUUUUCAACGAGAGAAACUGAUACUAUAAAACUUCUUUAAACACAAGAUGACAAUGAGCCACUGACAUAUUUAGCCAAGUCUGUAGCCUCUAGUUAAGCUACAUCAUCUAAUUUUCUCAAGUUCAUCUAGUAGCACCCGCAUCAAUGGUUUUUUUUUUCUAUGGGUCUCUUAAUUAAAAUAUUAAUAAAGAAAAAAAAGACAAAAGUGUUGUUUCAAAAAAAUAGACCGAAAAGAUUUUUCUUCAAAAGAGUUUCAACAUAUUUCGAGAAUUUCUCUGACACGAUCACUUUUUCAUUGCUAUAUUUUUUUCAAAACGUUAAAAUUUAAUUGUAUAAAUAAAUUUUUGAAAAAAAUAUCCAUAUAUUAUUAGUGUUGAGAGAUUCUCACCUAAUGAUGCUUUAUCCCCUGGUGGCAACUGAUUAAGAUGGAAGUUGUGUCAUAAGGUGCCUGCGUAGUAAAAUGAAAACAAAAGGAAAAUAAUCUCUGGUCAUUGUGGUCAAACUAAGAUGGUUAGGUAUCCAAAUUAGAAAAUUUGAAUUUGAUACAUAAUAAAUUAGAAUUUCAUACUUUCCAUAUUUUUACAAAAAAAAAACAAUAAAGAUUCAUUACUUAGAUGUGUUUACUGCUAUAAAAAUCAGUCUGUUUAUUCAAGCAGUUUUGAAUAAAUAAUUGAUAACAUUUUGAUAGAAUGAUUUUAUUGUAAUGAUUUGCUCACAUAAAUAACUAGAAUGCGCUCCUACAGCUAUGAGUCUAUGACGCAUGAAAUAAUUUUGACACUUUUAAUCGAGCAUUUCUUGAAAUGCCAGCCAUUAGUGGAUUGGAUGUAAUAAUGACAAUACAAAAAGUGCAGGUAUGAAAGAGAGAAAAGGUUACUCCAUAUAAGACACAUUGGCCUCUAAAUGUUGUUUCUUUUAAGCGUAAAAAGUAAUUAUAAUUACGGCAUAUUCCUAGAAAAUUACAUACUCUUAUUUCAAACAAAUUUAAACAGGAAAGUGGUGCCACAAACGUUGACUAUAAUCUAAUUCUUAGAUCUAUUACAAAGGAAAUAAAAUGUUUAAAGAUCAAGAAAUCAUAGACUUGUGGGAAUAUUAGAUAUGAUAAGUAUAAUCAACAUAACAGGAAGGUGUUUAUUCCAUGAUUUUGACCAAAAUAAUCAAUUUUCUUAUUUCCAAACUUUUUAUUUGACUAUGGGACCAACUUGAGAAAAAACAAGCACCAAGCCAAACAGAAAAGCAGAUAAAUAUCGAGUUAUAUACGACUUCUUGUCGUAAAUGCUUCGCUAGUUUCGGUCACAACAGAGACAAAGAAGUAAGAGAAUCAAAUAGAAAAGACAAAGGAGAGUUAGGGAUAUAAACACAGAAGAAGACAGAAUUUUCUGUCAUUUCCUUGUCUUAAGUUUUUGCAGGAGGAAGAAGUGGAGAAGAAGAUUUUGAAGAUGUCGAUUAAGGAAACAGAAGAAGGAAUAAUGGAAGAUGAGACUGAACAGAGAGGAAGCAUGAAGAGCUUUCUAUGGCAUGGUGGUUCUGUUUAUGAUGCUUGGUUUAGCUGUGCCUCAAACCAGGUGGCUCAAGUUCUAUUGACACUACCUUAUUCAUUUUCACAAAUGGGGAUGGCAUCAGGUGUAAUUCUGCAGAUUUUCUAUGGUUUUAUGGGAAGCUGGACAGCUUAUCUCAUCAGUGUUCUCUACGUUGAGUAUAGAAGCCGAAAAGAGAAACAAAAUGUUAACUUCAACAACCAUGUCAUUCAGUGGUUCGAAGUGUUAGAUGGUCUGCUUGGUCCAUAUUGGAAAGCUAUAGGAUUAACAUUCAACUGCACAUUUCUCCUCUUUGGUUCUGUAAUCCAACUCAUCGCCUGUGCAAGUAACAUAUAUUAUAUAAACGACAAGCUGGACAAGAGGACAUGGACUUACAUAUUCGGAGCGUGUUGUGCAACCACAGUGUUUAUCCCAUCGUUUCACAACUACAGGAUAUGGUCCUUUCUCGGUCUUGGCAUGACCACUUACACCGCUUGGUACCUUACCAUUGCGGCUCUAGUCCACGGUCAGGUCGAAGGAGUGACUCAUUCCGCUCCAACUAAGCCCGUUCUGUAUUUCACAGGAGCCACUAAUAUAUUGUACACUUUUGGUGGCCACGCUGUUACAGUGGAGAUAAUGCAUGCAAUGUGGAGGCCUAGAAAGUUCAAGUACAUAUACCUGAUGGCUACACUUUAUGUCUUCACCUUAACCAUACCAUCAGCUGCUUCCGUCUACUGGGCCUUUGGAGAUGAGCUUCUCACACAUGCUAAUGCCUUCUCCCUCUUUCCUAACUCACCGUGGCGCGAUUCUGCAGUUAUCCUCAUGCUGAUCCACCAGUUUAUAACGUUCGGGUUCGCAUGCACACCGCUAUAUUUCGUGUGGGAGAAAGUAAUCGGAAUGCACGACACAAAUAGCAUUUUGUUACGAGCCAUCACAAGGUUACCAGUGGUGAUUCCAAUAUGGUUCUUAGCCAUAAUAUUUCCUUUCUUCGGUCCAAUUAACUCAGCUGUUGGUGCACUCCUAGUCACGUUCACCGUCUACAUCAUCCCAUCACUCGCUCACAUCUUCACUUACCGCUCUGCUUCUUCCCGUGAAAACGCGACCGAGAAGCCACCGGCGGUGAUUGGUGGUUGGAGAGGUGCGUUUGUGGUGAACGUGGUGGUGGUAGUUUGGGUGUUUGUGGUUGGUUUUGGUUUAGGAGGAUGGGCGAGUAUGACUAAUUUCAUUAAACAAGUUGAUACUUUCGGCCUCUUUGCAAAGUGUUAUCAGUGUCCUCCUCGUCACUGAUGUUUGGUCAGCCGAUUUGAACGGGGAAGGGAGUGCUUAUGAGCCAAUACACAAAUUGCUGAACUUCUUAAUGAACAUUUGAAGUGUUAUAAUUGUUUUUGUUAGUUUGAAAACCUUUUACUCAUUGUUUCAUGUUUUUAAGCUAUAACCUUUUCAUAUAUAAAAUUUUAUCAUGUUUGGUACUC